AUGGCCAGUCAGCACCAUGUGCCGUGGGAUGUGUAUCAGGACUCUCUCUCGGAGUACUUGAUUCGAUCUGCGUAUGAGUCGCUGCUGCAGCAGCAAGGGGUCGAAUUUCAACCCCUAGACGUCAGUAUGCUGAGCUACAAUGACAUCCUUGCACAUGCUGCCCGGAUCCUACGAGCUGACCUGAUGCAACAGCUGUACCGAUACUCAGCGGAUCUGAGUGAGAGCAUGCCGGCGCUGCCAGGCCCUGCCCUUCCGAUGUCACUUCCAUUGCCUCCUGGUCCUGUGGCACCAGCGGAGCAGUAUGCCUAUGACCUGCUUAAUGGCGGCGCUUGCUCCCUCUGGAGUGCACUACGGAUGGCGAUAAACCUUAUUCAGUUUGAGCCGGCCCGCCAUGGCAAGAUCAAAAAUCAGCCUGGGGCCAUGAGCUUCUCACUGGGUGCCUUCUCGCGCACUUGCUUUGUGGGAAUCUGUCGCAAUACCCUUCGAUAUCCCAAUCUGUGCAGACUGGUGAAUCGUUACAUCAUCCACACUCUCCCCGAGCAUCAUUGGACGAGUGUGGCAAUCCAUUGGAACUGUCAACUGCCGUUGCACAGGGACCAUGGCAAUGGACCGGUCCCCAAUGCCUUGUUCUCGCUAUCGGCUUUUGAAGGUGGAGACAUCUGGAUUCAGUCGGAGGAGGGCUCGGAAUACCAGGAGGUCUCGGGGCAAAUGCUACGAGGGAAAAGCUGGAAACUACAUGAUGCAGCCACUGUCUUUCCGGCUCACACUGCGAUGCACGGCACCACGCCCUGGCGAAGGGAAGACCGGGUCACCAUGGUGGCCUAUUGCAUCCGCAACUACUACUCCCUCGAUCAGUCCUUUCGCACACAACUUGAGGAGCUAGGUUUCUGCUCCCCUCCGGCGGAAAUGAUGACAACCAGAUUCCCGCCACAGAUCCUGCCACCGGUCCUGUACGACGACUGA